AUGAGCGACGUCUUCCACAACGGCGAGGAAGUUCUCCAGGACGUCCUUCAUUGGCACAAAUACCUUCGCGAAGCAGCCCGGCAGACGGACAUUUUUUCGGCCGCCGUCCUGGACAUGGUGGAUAACCAUAUGCUGGUGGCCAGCGAGAGAAGAUGGAAAGCCGAGAAGGUUUGCGAAGAGUUCGAGAGAAUAUUGAAGCUAAAGGAGUCGAAGACAUCGGAAGUACCUCCCGAGUUGCUUGAUCUGCUUCAAAGCAUUGAUCUUGAAGUUGAGCGAACCUACGAUCAUAAUUCUGGGAUCAAAAGACCGGAUGCAACGGAGACCACAAAACGACUCAAAGAUAUCAAAAUACCCCCUCCAGAUGUUGAGUUCGAGAGUAGGUGGAAGCUUCUGGACGAAGAGAUUCUGCCGACAGCUCAACGGUCACGAAAGCUGGGCGAGAUUUCGGCAACUGCAUCGCGUGCAUCGCUGAGCCUUCCUAGCAGUAAAAGAGCUACAGAUGCUUCUCAGAGAUAUGAACGUGACGGAUCUGUUCAAAGACACAUUUCUACGUCGUCUAGGAAUCAUCCGUUGGAGAUGAUCGCAUCUCCGGUGCCAAUGGACUCAGAAGACUACCAUCCCCAGGAAGAAGAACCGCAACGCGAUAUCGUGACAGUCUGGCAGGUUAAGCAAGAGCUAGAGGAGACAGGAUUGAAAUACAGACCCAAAAUGAAAAGCCUGAGUUCUCUCUUCAACAAGCAGAAAACGACGGUCAAAGGAAAACGCUCCUGGGGAAACAUGGACGACCUGGAUAAGCAAUUAUUGAAGCAGUUCAAAGACCGUGAUCUAAUUUUUCUUGUGGAUAAUGGGUCCACAAUGGUGAAGCACUGGAAGCAAGCUACCGAGCUCUUGGAAGUUCUUGUGUGGAGAGUCCUAGGCUAUGACGACAACGGCAUGGAACUCUACUUCACCAAUCCAGACACCAAUCCCAAGGCUAUUGUGCGGGAAGAAAAGUCCCAAACGGUUCAACAGUUUGCCAGAGCUAUGGAUCUGGGUAAACCAGCCAAGAACGGGCUAGUAGUUUGCCAGACAACAAUUGUGCCAGAGCUGGAAAGGAUCGUCAACGUCUACACUCGAGCUAAGUUGUCGAAACCAGAGACACGGAAAAGAACGAUCAUCGUAUUGACCGAUGGUAUAUGGGAAGGUAUGCACGAUGAGUAUACUCUGGAUGUGUAUCUCACAUCUGCAUUCCAUGGCCUGAGAGAUAUACACGGAGACCUUACCUACGUUGAGUCGGAUCAGCCCCUCGAUCGAGAGGGCAUCUCCACAAUCCGCCCAAUAACUAUUCAGUUUAUUCAGUUCGGAAACGACAAAGGGGCAAGUGAGAGGCUCAGACGCCUCGAUGACGACUUGUGGUACAACGGCUGCCCGUGA